AUGUUUCCUCACGCUGAGAACAAGGUUCCUCAUGCUGAGGACAAGGUUCCUCACGCUGAGGACAAGGUUCCUCACGCUGAGGACAAGAUUCCUCACGCUGAGGACAAGGUUCCUCAUGCUGAGGACAAGGUUCCUCACGCUGAGGACAAGGUUCUUCACGCUGAGGACAAGGUUCCUCACGCUGAGGACAAGGUUCCUCACGCUGAGGACAAGGUUCUUCACGCUGAGGACAAGAUUCCUCACGCUGAGGACAAGGUUCCUCACGCUGAGGACAAGGUUCCUCACGCCUGAGGACAAGGUUCCUCACGCUGAGGACAAGGUUCCUCACGCUGAGGACAAGGUUCCUCACGCUGAGGACAAGGUUCCUCACGCUGAGGACAAGGUUCCUCACGCUUAGGACAAGGUUCCUCACGCUGAGGCCAAGGUUCUUCACGCUGAGGACAAGGUUCCUCAUGCUGAGGACAAGGUUCCUCACGCUGAGGAGAAAUUUCUUCACGCUGAGGACAAGGUUGCUCACGCUGAGAAGAAGGCUCCACACGCUGAGGACAAGGUUCCUCAAGCUGAGAACAAGGUUGCUCACGCUCAGGACAAGGUUCCUCAGGCUGAGGACAAGGUUCUUCACGCUGAGAACAAGGUUCCUCACGCUGAGGACAAGAUUCCUCACGCUGAGGACAAGGUUCUUCACGCUGAGGACAAGGUUCCUCACGCUGAGGACGAGAUUCCACACGCUGAGGACAAGGUACUUCACGCUGAGGAAAAGUUUCCUCACGGUGAGAACAAGGUUCCUCAUGCUGAGGACAAGGUUCCUCACGCUGAGAACAAGGAUCCUAACGGUGAGGACAAGGUUCCUCACGCUGAGAACAUGUUCCUCACGCUCAGGACAAGGUUCCUCAGGCUGAGGACAAGGUUCUUCACGCUCAGAAGAAGGUUCCUCACGCUGAGGACAAGGUUCUUCACGCUGAGGACAAUGUUCUUCACGCUGAGAACAAGGUUCCUCACGCUGAGGACAAGGUUCCUCACGCUGAGGACAAGGUUCUUCACGCUGAGGACAAGGUUCUUCGCGCUGAGGACAAGGUUCCUCACGCUGAGGACGAGAUUCCACACGCUGAGGACAAGGUACUUCACGCUGAGGAAAAGUUUCCUCACGGUGAGAACAAGGUUCCUCAUGCUGAGGACAAGGUUCCUCACGCUGAGAACAAGGUUCCUCACGGUGAGGACAAGGUUCCUCACGCUGAGGACAUGUUCCUCACGCUCAGGACAAGGUUCCUCAGGCUGAGGACAAGGUUCUUCACGCUCAGAAGAAGGUUCCUCACGCUGAGGACAAGGUUCUUCACGCUGAGGACAAUGUUCUUCACGCUGAGAACAAGAUUCCUCACGCUGAGGACAAGGUUCCUCACGCUGAGGACAAGGUUCUUCACGCUGAGGACAAGGUUCUUCACGCUGAGGACAAGGUUCCUCAUGCUGAGGACAAGGUUCCUCACGCUGAGGACAAGCUUCCUCACGCUGACGGCAAGUUUCUUCACGCUGAGGACAAGUUUCUUCACGCUGAGAACAAGAUUCCUCACGCUGAUGACAAGGUUCCUCACGCUGAGGACAAGGUUCUUCACGGUGAGCAGAAGGUUCUUCACGCUGAGGACAAGGAUUUUCACGCUGACGACCAGGUUCCUCACGCUGAGGACAAGGUUCCUCAUGCUGAGAACAAGGUUCCUCAUGCUUACGACAAGGUUCCUCACGCUGAGGACAAGGUUCUUCACGCUGAGGACAAUGUUCUUCACGCUGAGAACAAGAUUCCUCACGCUGAGGACAAGGUUCCUCACGCUGAGGACAAGGUUCUUCACGCUGAGGACAAGGUUCUUCGCGCUGAGGACAAGGUUCCUCACGCUGAAGACGAGAUUCCACACGCUGAGGACAAGGUACUUCACGCUGAGGAAAAGUUUCCUCACUGAGACAAGGUUCCUCAUGCUGAGGACAAGGUUCCUCACGCUGAGAACAAGGUUCCUCACGGUGAGGACAAGGUUCCUCACGCUGAGGACAUGUUCCUCACGCUCAGGACAAGGUUCCUCAGGCUGAGGACAAGGUUCUUCACGCUCAGAAGAAGGUUCCUCACGCUGAGGACAAGGUUCUUCACGCUGAGGACAAUGUUCUUCACGCUGAGAACAAGAUUCCUCACGCUGAGGACAAGGUUCCUCACGCUGAGGACAAGGUUCUUCACGCUGAGGACAAGGUUCCUCAUGCUGAGGACAAGGUUCCUCACGCUGAGGACAAGCUUCCUCACGCUGACGACAAGUUUCUUCACGCUGAGGACAAAUUUCUUCGCGCUGACAACAAGAUUCCUCACGCUGAUGACAAGGUUCCUCACGCUGAGGACAAGGUUCUUCACGAUGAGCAGAAGGUUCUUCACGCUGAGGACAAGGAUUUUCACGCUGAGGACCAGGUUCCUCACGCUGAGGACAAGGUUCCUCAUGCUGAGAACAAGGUUCCUCAUGCUUACGACAAGGUUCCUCACGCUGAGGACAAGGUUCCUCACGCUGAGGACUAGGUUCUUCACGGUGAAGACAAGGUUCCUCACGCUGAGGACAAGGUUCCUCACGCUGAGGACAAGGUUCCUCACGCUGAGGACAUGUUCCUCACGCUCAGGACAAGGUUCCUCAGGCUGAGGACAAGGUUCUUCACGCUCAGAAGAAGGUUCCUCACGCUGAGGACAAGGUUCUUCACGCUGAGGACAAUGUUAUUCACGCUGAGAACAAGAUUCCUCACGCUGAGGACAAGGUUCCUCACGCUGAGGACAAGGUUCUUCACGCUGAGGACAAGGUUCUUCACGCUGAGGACAAGGUUCCUUACGCUGAGGACGAGAUUCCACACGCUGAGGACAAGGUACUUCACGCUGAGGAAAAGUUUCCUCACGGUGAGAACAAGGUUCCUCAUGCUGAGGACAAGGUUCCUCACGCUGAGAACAAGGUUCCUCACGGUGAGGACAAGGUUCCUCACGCUGAGGACAUGUUCCUCACGCUCAGGACAAGGUUCCUCAGGCUGAGGACAAGGUUCUUCACGCUCAUAAGAAGGUUCCUCACGCUGAGGACAAGGUUCUUCACGCUGAGGACAAGGUUCUUCACAAUGAGAACAAGAUUCCUCACGCUGAGGACAAGGUUCCUCACGCUGAGGACAAGGUUCUUCACGCUGAGGACAAGGUUCUUCACGCUGAGGACAAGGUUCCUCAUGCUGAGGACAAUGUUCCUCACGCUGAGGACAAGCUUCCUCACGCUGACGACAAGUUUCUUCACGCUGAGGACAAAUUUCUUCGCGCUGACAACAAGAUUCCUCACGCUGAUGACAAGGUUCCUCACGCUGAGGACAAGGUUCUUCACGAUGAGCAGAAGGUUCUUCACGCUGAGGACAAGGAUUUUCACGCUGAGGACCAGGUUCCUCACGCUGAGGACAAGGUUCCUCAUGCUGAGAACAAGGUUCCUCAUGCUUACGACAAGGUUCCUCACGCUGAGGACAAGGUUCCUCACGCUGAGGACUAG